AUUUAUUUUGGGACCAGGAAUAACAACUUUCUUUCCUGGCUUACAAAAUUGUACUGACCAAUCAGCGACUCUCCUCAAUUCUAUGAAAAGUGAAAAAAGACAAAUCUAUUCAACACUGCAGUUUCACUUCAGUUCACUUCGAGCUCCGCCGCAAAUCCAACAUAAGCUCGGACCCAGGAAGUUUGUUUUUUAAGUAUGAGCUGUUUUGAGCAUCAGUUGGCCUGUUUUAAGUCCUGUCACUGCAUCCGUGAAUUUUCGGGUUGUUUGAGAGCUGGAAUCAGGCCUUUUAAUUAUGGCUAUGUCCAGUUUCCAAGUUACUCAGUUACGCGUAACCUAUCCCUGAAUAGGCCUAGUUUAGUGACAUUUCUUGAUAGAGCAAGUGGGUGUAAUGGCCAAAUUAGAUCAGUCAGUUUGAAGGAUUCAGAGUAUGGGAAUGAAGAAACGCAACCAAUCCAAGAAGUAACGCGUGAGAAGAAUUUCUGGGGUGCGGUUAGUCUGAUUAUUGGCACUGCUGUAGGCCCUGGAAUGUUGGGAUUACCUGCAGCAACUAUAAAAUCAGGGCCUGUUCCUUCUACAAUUGCUAUUAUUCUCUCCUGGAUUUAUGUCAUUUCCUCGAUUUUACUUGUGGCGGAGCUCAGUUUUGCAGUGAUGGAGGAAGAUAAUGUUGCAGAGGUGAGCUUCACCGCUCUUGCAACAAAGACAUUGGGGAGUCAGAUUGGUUCUUUUGUUGCUUUAGUGUAUGCAUCCUUGAGCUUUUCUUUGUUGGUGGCCUGUGUUUCGGGUAUUGGAUCAAUUUUCUCUCAGUUGAUGCCUCGGUUAAAUCCUGUAAUUGCUCACGCCUUGUUUCCAUCUGCGGCUGGAGCUGUAAUCUGUUUUUUACCAUUCGAGGCCACUGAUACUGCCAAUAGAUUGUUAUGCUUUAUCAUGCUAUUUUCCAUUACUUCACUAGUAGCUAUUGGUUUAUCUGUCGGGAGAAGCAGUUUACUUGGUUCCUUAAUGCACGCAUCAUGGAGUGUCUCUUCAAUCUUGCCUGUUAUUCCUGUAACUGUACUUACAUUGGGAUUUCAUGUAAUCACCCCUUUCAUUUGUAAGAUUGCGGGUAAUACUGUCCAUGAAGCUCGAAAAGCAAUUCUUUUUGGUGGAUGUGUUCCACUAGUCAUGGUCCUGUCAUGGAAUCUGAUUGUCUUAGGCCUUACCGGACCUAGUCAUGCCUCGAUUUCUAAAGACCCCAUAUCACUUCUGCUAUCAAUCAACCCGUCAGCUUUGACAGCAGUUCAAGGUUUUGCAUUUUCAGCUUUGGCAACCAGCUAUAUAGGAUACGCUGUCAGCUUUCCAAAACAGGUGACUGAUACCAUAGAGUUAAUAUUUCUUGGACCAAACAGAAAUCAUGAAGAAAAUUCUCAAUCUCAUAAACGUUCCAUCAAGAACGGAGAUGGAAAAGUUGGUUUUGCUACCUAUUCCCACAUGUGCAGCGAGGACGUGGGUAGGAUUUCAUACAGUGAUACAUUAUUAAAUGCUAAACCACAACAUGAUUUGAGCUUCUUACAGAGCAUUGUUGUGCCGCUUGUACUAGGCUGUCCGAUUCUUGUGGCAUCAUUCUUCCGCUCAACCUUUUCAGCUGCCCUCGACUUUGCUGGUAUUUAUGCAAAUUGUUUUUUGUUUGGCAUUCUUCCACCAGUAAUGUCUUACAUCUAUAAAAGCCGCAAAAAUCACAGGUCAUCAUCCAUUUUACCUGGAGGAAAUAUUACACUUCUGGCUCUUGCUGGCAUUGCCAUUGUCUUGGGUAUAUGGCAUUAAAGGCCAGUAAGGAAGUAGAAGUACCAGUAGUCUUUGUUCAUCCAUGGAAAGUGAAA